AUGGAGAAAAAUACUGGUCAAAACUUACCUUUGUCGCAAAAAAUGGAAGUAGGAACUUUGCCCCUGGCUGAAAUUUUUGGCUUAAAAGCUGCUUUUGAAUUUUUAAAUAAACUUGGCACCGAAGAAAUUUACGAAUACGAAAACAAUUUGCGUAAUUAUGCUCUCCAAAAGUUAAAAAAAUUAAAAGACAUGAAUAUUUAUAAUCAAAACUUAGUCUCGGCGAAUAUUAUUACUUUUAACUUAUCACCUUAUCAUGCUCACGACCUAACUGAUUACUUAGGAAAGAACAAUAUUCUCAUACGUGCCGGGAAUUUUUGCUGUCCUUAUUUAACUAAAUUGAUUGGCACUAAUUCUGCUUUAAGGAUUUCUUUUGGCGUGUAUAAUAAUUAUGAUGAUAUUGAUGAACAAGAAUCCUUAGGCAGAAAAACUUCCUUGAAAAGAAAAUCUUAUCCGGAAAGAAUGAACUUUCAUUAUUCAGAGCCUGAAUUGGAAGACUGGAAAAAUGUCCAUCCAGAUUUUACUUCAGAAUUAGCUCAAACUUGGCAAUCUCUUGCAGUUGAGUUAGAAAAGCAAUAUGCUAUCGAUGCCUGCCCGCCCGGAAUAGUCGGAUUUAAUGCUCACCAAUUUUGCGAAUAUGUCGAAUAUAUUGCUAAUCGUCGCUUAGAAAGGAUUGGUUUACCCAAAGAAUAUUUUGAUAAAGCGACAGGCGCGGAAGGUGGCGGUUCUUUAAAUUGGGAUAGCGAAGACGAAGAAAUUCGCAAGGGAAAAACUAAAUAA